AUGAUCGCCGUGCUCGACGCGGGCCGCGUGGUGGAGUGCGGCACGCACGACGAGCUCCUCCUCGGCACGGAGGCCGGCGAAGGCGACGGCGUCUACGCACGGAUGGCGCUGCUGCAGAAGGCGCCCGUGGCGAGGGAGGAACGCGAGCGAGUGGUGGAAGUAGAGCCGGAGAGCAGCAGGGUGUCGUUCCGUAGCGUUGAGAUCAAGUCGGUGCCCAGCGACUUCCACCCAAGCCCGGUGCCGUCGUUCAGGCUGUACUCCCUCGUCUUCUUCGGCAUUGCCAUCAUCUGCAUCACGGCGAACAUCGUGCAGCACUACAACUUCGCCGUCAUGGGUGAGCGCCUUACAGAGCGCGUCCGUGGACAGAUGUUCGCCAAGAUACUCUCCUUCGAGGUCGGGUGGUUCGACGAGGACGAGAACUCGAGCGCCGCGGUGUGCGCGCGGCUGGCCACGCAGGCCACCAAGGUCCGCUCCCUCGUCGGCGACCGCAUGUGCCUCCUGGUGCAGGCGGCCGCCAAUGCGGCGCUAGGUUUCUCUCUGGCCCUCGCCGUGUCGUGGCGGCUCGCGGUGGUCAUGAUGGCGAUGCAGCCACUGAUAAUCGCGAGCUUCUACUUCAAGAAGGUGCUCAUGACCGCCAUGUCCAAGAAGGCCAAGAAGGCGCAGGUGCAAGGGAGCCAGCUCGCCAGCGAGGCUGUCGUGAACCACCGGACGAUCACCGCGUUCUCGUCGCAGCGUCGGAUGCUCCGCCUGUACGAGGCCGCGCAGGAGGCGCCGCGGAAGGACAACAGGGUGGAGUCGUGGUACUCCGGCUUCUGCCUGUCCCUGUGCCAGUUCAGCAACACGGGCAGCAUGGCGCUUGCGCUGUGGUACGGAGGCAGGCUCAUGGCCAAGGGCCUCAUCACUCCCACGCACCUGUUCCAGGUGUUCUUCAUGCUCAUGACCAUGGGGAGGGUGAUCGCCGACGCCGGCAGCUUGACGUCCGACCUAGCCAAGGGCGGUGACGCCGUGCGGUCCAUCCUCGACACGCUGGACCGUGAACCGAUGAUCAAGGACGACGGCGACGAAGCCAGCGAACCGAAGAAGAAGAGGAAGCAGCAGAAGGAGAUGAAAGGCGAGAUCGAGUUCAGGAACGUGUACUUCAGCUACCCGACGCGGCCGGAGAUGAGCGUGCUCCAUGGGUUCAGCCUCGAGAUAGGCGCGGGGAAGACGGGGCGCUCGUCGGACCGAGCGGAUCCGGCAAGGCCCAGUGCAAAAAGCAGCCAAUUACAGCCACACGUUAGGCUCCACGGGCGCUCGUACGCAAGGUAUUGCAUUUCACAGAAAGGCUCGGUGCUGAUCGAUGGCAGGGACAUCAGGAGCUGCAGCCUGGCACACCUCCGGUCGCACAUCGCGCUCGUCAGCCAGGAGCCGACGCUGUUCUCCGGCACGAUCCGUGACAAUAUAAUGUACGGCGACGAGCACGCCACCGAGGACGAGGUGACCAGCGCCGCCAAGCUUGCCAACGCCCACGAGUUCAUCAGCGCGAUGGAGGGCGGCUACGACGCGCGCGUCGGGGAGCGCGGGGCGCAGCUGUCCGGCGGGCAGAGGCAGCGGAUCGCGCUGGCGCGAGCGAUACUGAAGAACGCGCGAGUCCUGCUGCUGGACGAGGCGACGAGCGCGCUGGACACCGUGUCGGAGAGGCUGGUGCAGGACGCUAUCGACAGGAUGCUGCAGGGGAGGACGUGUGUGGUCGUGGCGCACCGCCUCUCCACGGUGCAGAAGGUCGACAUGAUUGCGGUGGUGAAGGGCGGCAAGGUGGUGGAGAGAGGGCGGCACGCGGAGCUCAUCGCCGCCGGACGUGGAGGGAUGUACUACAACCUGAUGAAGUUGCAACAGGGUAGAUCGCCGUGCCUGAGUCCUAAGUAA